GAGGGCGGGCGGGGAUGACACUUUAACCGGGAAAAGCUGCGCCUCGCUCGGUUGCACAGCGACGCCACCGCUUGGGGGUGGCGGGCGGAUAAGUAGCGUUACGUAGGCUGUCUCUGGAAACUGUUCCGCCAGUGUAGUCCUGGCUCGAGGUGUACAGCCCUACGUUAGGCUAGCUCUCGACUUAGCCACGCUUGUUUGCAUACCAGCACAACUUUAAGCGGGCCACACUUUCGAACAAAAAAGGAAAAGGUUAUCUUCAUCGGCAAACGUUGAUGGGCUGUGUCCAUUUGGAACUGCCCAGUAAGUCUUCAUCAUGAAUGGCAGCACAAGUGUCUCUGCCACCCAGACUGUAAGAAUGAAGACCGAAGCAGUGGAUGAUCUGUGGAGAAAGGAAGACUGCCUGACUUUACUGGAGAGGAUCCGAAGCAUCCUGCCUGAUGCAGACUCCAUGAAGUACAAGACCACAGAGUCUCACUUUGACUGGGAGAAAGUGGCUUUUUCCAGUUACUCGGGAGACAUAUGCAAACAGAAAUGGCAGAAGCUGUCCUGUGAGGUGCGGAAAUAUAGGACCAUGACUGAGCUCAUUGUGGAUGCCAUUGAGUAUGUAAAGAACCCAUACAAAGGAAAGAAACUGAAGACGCAUCCAGACUUCCCGAAGAAGCCUUUAACGCCAUACUUUCGUUUCUUUAUGGAGAAACGAGCAAAGUACGCCAAAAUUCACCCAGAGAUGAGUAAUCUAGAUCUCACCAAGAUAUUAUCUAAGAAGUACAAAGAACUCCCAGAGAAGAAGAAGCUGAAAUACAUUCAAGAGUUCCAGAGAGAGAAGGAGUCUUUUGAAAAGAACAUGGCAAGAUUUAAGGAAGACCACCCUGAAUUGAUAGAAGAGAGAAAGAAAUCAGAUCUCCCUGAGAAACCUAAGACUCCCCAACAACUGUGGUAUAACCAUGAGAAGAAAACUUACAUGAAGCUCCACCCAGAUGUUAGCCAGAAGGAACUGAAGGAGGCUCUGCGGCGACAGUGGUCUCAGCUGUCAGACAAGAAGCGACUGAAGUGGAUCAGCAAAGCCCUGGAGCUGCAGAAGGACUAUGAGGACAGUAUGAGGGCGUACAUGGAGGCCCACCCAGACUCAAAUUCAGAUGAGCACCACAAGUCCGUCCUGACCAAAGCUGAGCGGCAACUCAAGGAUAAAUUUGACGGCCGGCCCACCAAACCUCCACCUAAUGGCUACUCGCUAUACUGUGCUGAGCUGAUGGUGAACAUGAAGGAUGUGCCGAGUACAGAGCGCAUGGUGCUGUGCAGUAAGCAGUGGAAGAUGAUGACGCAGAAGGAGAAGGACAUGUUCCAGAAACGCUGUGAACAGAAAAAGAAGCAGUACGAAAUCGAUCUCCAGCGUUUUCUGGAGAGCCUGCCAGAGGAGGAGAGGGAUCGGGUGCUGGGCGAGGAGAAGCUUCCGGGCAACAAGCUGGGCUUGAACAGCACCAACAGCCCACUCAGGGCCAAGUCUCCCUCUGCGAAGGAACGGUGUAGAGAUCCAGAGUUGGAUCACUGGGUACAGGGUGUUGCCGUAAAAGACAAAAAAGGCAACAAAAGCAAAACGCGGCUCCCUGAAACGCCAAAAACGGCAGAGGAGAUGUGGCAACAGAGUGUGAUUGGUGAUUACUUGGCCAAGUACAGGAGUGACCGUAAAAAGGCACAGAAUGCCAUGGAAGCUGCCUGGAAGGCCAUGGAAAAGAAAGAGAAGAUCCCCUGGAUCAAAAAAGCAGCCGAGGACCAGAAGCGAUACGAGGUUCAGUACCGGACCGUGAGAGAGCUGUUGGACGUGAGGACGCCACAGACAGGACAGGGGCAGCGGAAGCCCAAAUUUGAUGGCGAGCCGAAGAAACCGCCCGUGAGCGGCUACCAGAUGUUCUCUCAAGAGCUACUGACCAGCGGCGAGCUGAACCACUUCAGCCUGAAGGAGCGCAUGGUGGAGAUCGGCAAGCGCUGGCACAAGCUGAGCCAGAGUCAGAAGGACAAGUACAAGAAGCAGGUGGAGGAGCAGCAGAUGGAGUACAAGACAGAGCUGGAGGCCUGGGUCAAGUCCCUCUCUCCUCAGGAGCGUGCUGUGUAUAAAGAGUUCUCCACCAUGAAACGACGGGCCACAGCCAAGCCGCGAGGUCCCGGAGCGAAAGUGCGCAUUACCAAGGCGAAGGCGGUAGGUGCCAGAGCCACUGGAGUGGGGGCCGGGGGGGGCAAGCGUUCCAUGGCGUACCGGGCCAAGCAGGACACAUCCGAGUCCGAUGAAGAGGACGAAAAGACGGACACGUCAGAUUCAGAGGAGGAUGACGACGAGUCGUCUGGCAGCACAGACAGUGACGAGGACGAUGACGAGGAUGAGUUACCCAGAUGCACUUCUCAGGCAGGACAUGCCAGUAAUACGUCAGGUCUCGUAACACGAGGGGUCGUUUGUCCUCUGCAGAAUGACGAGGAUGACGACGACGAAGAGGACGACGACGAGGACCGGUCGGAUGCCACCAGCAGCUCGUGCUCAGAGGACAGCAGUGACUCGGAUUCGGACUGAACCCUGCUCCCCCUCCCGUGGCAGGGAGAGGGGCUAGUGCAGGACACACCCCUCCCCAACGGAGCCCCUUUAGUUGCUGCUGCCAGGCAAUAGGGGGGCCAGCUGAGGCUGUGAGUCACAUGGCAACCUGUGUUAGGAGUGUGGCUCUCUCUGUCCUCCGACCGCCACCGAGCCGGUAGCACAGGAGGAGAUGAAACAGGAGGAGGUGGGCUUUUCGAGGGGUGGGGGAGAGCGACGAUGUGCACCGUCCACACAUCUCCCCCCAACCCAAGAGACUUGUAGUCAACUGGACAACCUUCUGUUGUUGUUUUUUUGUUUUCUUGUUUUGUUUUCCUUCUACAAGGAGCCGUGUUUCUCGUGUGUUGAAUGCAAUGUUUUCUAUUGCCUUUAUAUAGGUGUUAUGAAAAGCUAUGUUGCUUGAAUAUUUUUCUAAAUGUUGAAAGGAAUGAAUACAGGAGUUUUUUUGUGGUAAAGUUUGAAUGCGUUGGUGCUGAUGUGGGUGUUGGAGACGGACUGUAAAAUGGAGACGAGACCAGCUGUCUGUGUACAUCUUAACGAGAUGUGAGGAAGAGGAGGGCUUUGUUCAGCAGCCCUUGUUUUGAUCAUUCUCUGGUCAGAUCCUCCACAAUAAAUGCACUUUUUUCCCACUUGUA